AUGUCUCACGUCCACCCCCGGCAGGACCCCAUUGUGAUGGUCAUAGAUUUUCACCAUGCAAGAGGCCCUGAAAUUGAACUAUGCUUCGGUGACGAUGGAGGAGACCCGGCCGCGGAGAACGACUGGUCCUUGCUGCCAUUUAUGGCCUUAUCGGAUGGAGCGCAUUUGUCUACCGAGGAGUUCUCUUAUUUCACGGUCCGCCGGAAGGAGACUGCGACACAACCUGCCACCUCCCUGUUCGGCAUCUCAUGCUCCCGACAAAUCGACUCGAAUAUUCUCCUCUAUCGACCGCCGGACGUCACAAGGUCAACGGUGCAGAAAGCGGUGGUUGUGAUAACGGACAGUCCCCAGAGGUUGGGACAACUGAGGGAGAAGCUCUCAAUUGUCACGUCGGCAUGGUUUGCGCAACGCGAUUUUUCAGAUCACGACAUAUUGAAGAAAUUUCGGGAAGGCCUGGUCAUCAGCCUGAAGAAAGAUGAGGACACGAAGGACCAGAAUCUGGGGCUUUCCCUGCGGGAAAUGAUUCAUGAAUUCAAGCACCAGACGCUUGUCCUGUUCAAAGCUCUGCUUCUGCAACCAAAGAUGCUUUUCUUUGGUUCCAAGUGUGAACGGCUAUGCAUGAUACAAUUUUCUCUCAUCUCGUUGAUACCGGGUUUGAUGAGUCGCUUGCAAGACUCUGCCGAUCCAGCUUUUGACACCUAUUCGCAGACAGUGGAAAAGCCCACUUCUCUGAAAACAAGUGACAGAAGCUCAUUGCUGGCAUACAUGGGAUUACCCCUACAGAUUUUUGGCAAGGGAAGCAUGUUCGGACCAUACACCCCGUUGCAGCAACUGGAUCUGCUGGCGGAUCACGGAACCAAGUCAUACGUUGUUGGAUCCACAAACUCUUUAUUGUUACAGCAAAAAGAUCGCUAUAGCGAUAUACUGGUCAAUCUUGACGAAGACACUCUUACCAUCAGCUCGCCGUCUCUUCGAAAUGCUCUUACUCUCUCUGUCGCGGAUAGGCGCUGGAUCGACCUUCUCACUCAAAUCAUCAAUGAAACCUGGGAUGAUGCACACCCCCAGCAGCCCAAAACGCAUGGCUACAUGGGUUCCGAAGAAUUUAUCAGGCUCCAGUUCGAGGAGUAUCUCUUGGCGUUGCUUUCCUGUAUGCAGUAUCACGAGGAGCUUAGCUCUUCCACUGCUGGCGAGCCAGGCGGAAGAAGCCGUGCUCAGCUGGACGCUUACAACAUCGAGGGCGACCCGGCGCUGGAGUUCAAUGCAGAAUUCUUAGCGCAGUGGAGCAACACACCCAAUUAUUCAUUGUUCAAGCGCCUUACCUCUGACGCGCUUUUAUUUUCAAUUGUGGAGCCUCGUCACCCGUGCGCAGGGGGUCUGACAAUCGACGAUGUUCAACGACGUGUAACCCAACAGGUUGCCGAGCUGCACCUAGACGAGCGCGUGCGGGAAGGCCGCGAGGUCCUGAACAGACACCUCUCGACAGGCCAGAAGAAAUUCAGUGCUGCUUUCAACAGCUUCUGGGCAGAUAUUGAAUCCAUGCGGGAGGCCCAGCGGAAGAAGACCGAAGAGAAAACGACACCCUCGCAACGAUCGUCACUGGACAGGGGAUCUAGAAACUCGCCUCCGUUUUCUCCUUCUGAUACAGCAUCGAUCAAUUCCAAUGGAGGGGCUUCGUGGUUCGUUGGACGUAAGGCCCCCUCGGUGGACAUGGCACAAGCACAGGCUUCUGUGAGUGCUGUGAGCCAAAAGGCGGGCGCCUACUUUAGCUCCUGGGGCACUUGGGCCAACGAGAAACGAAAGGAAUGGCAAGAAAAAAAGCCCACGCCAACAUCACCUAUCACAACGUCGCCCUCUGUUCCCACCUUGACCUGCAGCACCGAGGCGGGUGAAACAGACCGAGGUAGACUCUCUAUGCAAUCACGGCGAAGUGAAGACCUCUCGACAUUAUCCCGGAGCGGAAGCAGAAGAAAGCGGUGGAGCAACAUUCUUCUCCGCCGCGAAAGCGGCGAGUUCAGCCGCAAGGAUGACCAGACAGGGGAUAGUGACGAGCAGGAAACUACGUAUUCAAAGUCCCCCUUGUCGCAGGAGGCUCCAGCUCAUGAGCACACCACUCAGCAUGAGGCCGAAAACCAGGGGAAGGACAUGACAACAGUCACAGAUAACACUGUCCUUACAACCACAGAAACCCAGAGGAAUUCCCCGUCCCUGUCAUCCUCUCCUAAGGAAGAACUACAUUCGAACACCUCCGAUAUACACACCGAGAAAGCAGGCCAACCAUGA